CCCGGCAGCGAGCAAGGACGGCUGAAGGAAGCGCCCCACCUACCGUGGCUGGUGGCUCCUUUAAAAGGCGUGCUUGCACAAGGCUUUCACUUCCGAGUGGAGAGAGCUCCGGUUUGCAGAAGGGAAACGCGGGCAGGAAUCCGAAUCGUUACCUAAGAAAUUAGACUAGAAUUUCUAGUGCUGCCAUGAGAUGCAUCUUUAUUGGAUUUGCCCUAUUUGCCCUGGCUUCGCAGGUGGUUGAGGCUACAUUGUCAAAGAAAGACACAAAAAAAGCAACUUCAAAAACAGUGGAAGAAAAGAUUCACCAUUCAGAUAAAACAGUACAAGACCGUGGAUUGAUAGUUACUGAUUCAAAGACAAGGGAUAUUAUCCUGGAACAUAAAAGCUACUGUGCUAAAAAAGCACAAGAGAAACAUUUCCCAGAAGAUGUUCUAGGCUACAUCACACCAUGGAACAGCCAUGGCUAUGAUAUUGCAAAAAUAUUUGGAAACAAAUUCACAAUGAUCUCACCAGUGUGGCUUCAGGUGAAAAGAAGGGGAAAGGAGAGGUUCCAGCUGACAGGCCUUCAUGACGCUGACCAAGGCUGGAUAAAGGAAGUAAAGAAGAAUGCCAAAAACAUCAAAAUAGUACCUCGAAUUUUAUUUGAAGGCUGGAGUUACCAGGAUUUUGAGAGUGUGUUUAACAGCGAGGAUGAAAUAGAAGAGCUUUCAGAUAAUAUGGUUCAAGUAGCCAAGAGUGAGAACUUUGGUGGCUUUGUGGCUGAAGUCUGGAGUCAGCUAGGAAAUCAGAAAAAAACAGGCCUGAUUCACCUGCUCACUCACCUCUCCGAAGCUUUACAUCAGGCACGGCUUAAGCUAAUACUGGUCAUCCCUCCUGCUGUGAUGCCAGGAACUAACCAGUUGGGACCAUUCACAAAGAAAGAAUUUGAUCUCCUAGCCCCAGUCGUGGACAGUUUCAGCCUCAUGACAUAUGAUUAUUCAGCACCACAACGGCCUGGCCCUAAUUCUCCAUUACCUUGGAUGCGAGCCUGUGUUCAGAUGUUGGAUCCAGAAUCCAAAUGGAGAAAUAAAAUUCUUCUGGGACUCAACUUUUAUGGCAUGGACUAUUCUGCACUCAGUGCUUCAGGGGAACCAAUAUUUGGUAACAGGUAUAUAGACGUCUUGAAGGAACAUAAGCCUAAACUGGUUUGGGAUGAACAAAUAGCUGAACAUUAUUUUGAAUACAAAAAGAAUAAAGGAGGCAAACAUGCAGUCUUCUAUCCAACUUUAAAGUCUAUCCAACUACGAUUAGAGCUUGCAAAGGAACUGGGCACCGGAAUAGCCAUUUGGGAGCUGGGCCAAGGCUUGGAUUAUUUUUAUGACUUACUUUAAAGUAAUAUAUGUUCUUUUAUUUGUUGACAUAUCAUUUUUAAUAGACUGGAAAUGGGGUGAAAGUGGCAGGCAGAAAUUUAUUUGUGAGGAAGAAUGUAAUUUAUAUGGGAUCAAUUUCAAGUUUUCCCAAUAAAGGAUCUUGUUUUAUUAAUCA